CGUGACUUUGGCUGUUACUUUCAUGUCUGGGGAAUACCUCAAUUCCAUCACUGAAAAUGCCUCCCGACUGGGUUUGCGACUGCAGGAAUCACUCAGCGAGCAUACCAGGGACAUCGCGAGGGGUCGUACUUCCCCGUAUUACGACUCACCCGACGACAAGGGCAGAGAUAUUCGCAAACAGCUCGAUUCCAGCAGUGAUAGGGAGAAGCUUGACGCGAUGAAGAGGCUAAUAGCACUCAUUUCAAAAGGUCGUAAUGUCUCCGAAUACUUUGCCCAGGUUGUCAAGAACGUAGCCUCCCAGAAUCUCGAAAUACGGAAACUGGUCUACAUCUACCUUCUGAGAUACGCAGAGCAGGAACCUGAUCUCGCUCUUCUCUCUAUCAACACGUUCCAGAAGGAUCUCACCGACAGCAAUCCUCUCAUACGUGCCAUGGCCUUACGUGUUCUCAGCGGAAUCAAGGUGCCCAUGAUUGGCAAUAUCGUCGUGCUGGCAAUCAAGAAAUGUGCUGCAGAUAUUAGCCCUUAUGUCAGAAAGGUCGCCGCCUUGGCCAUCCCCAAAUGUUACGACCUCGACACAAGCCACCUCUCUUCCCUCAUCGAGAUAAUCAUCACCCUUCUUCGAGACCGAUCACCUUUAUCUAUUGGAAGUGUAGCUGUCGCCUUUGACGCCAUCUGCCCCACUCGUCUCGAUCUACUGCACAAGCACUAUCGACGUCUCUGCAAAACGCUUGUCGAUGUGGAUGAGUGGGGCCAAAUCAAUCUCCUUGAUCUGCUUCUUCGAUAUUCUCGCUCGAUGUUACUGCGACCCGUUCUCAGAGGUGAGGAGGAAGACACUGACAAAGAUGUAAAGCUACUUUUGAAUUCUGCGGAACCCCUUUUCUUCAGCAGAAACCCUGCAGUGGUUCUGGCUGCUGCCCGGGUUCUUUACUAUGCUGGACCUCCCUCAUAUCACGCCAAAAUCGUCCAGCCAUUAGUCCGGCUGCUAUCAGUAUCUAAAGAAAUAGAACGAGUUGCACUUGCAUACAUACUGAUAGUCGCUUCAGCCUCCCCAGGGCUGUUUUCCCCAUUCUACUCUCGAUUCAUCCUUUCCUCCGAUGAUCUCCGGCAAGUUAAAAUCGACAAGAUAAAAAUGAUGCUAAUCAUCGUCACAUUUGAUAAUUAUCCGACGAUACUUCGUGAAUUCAUAGACUAUGCAGAAGACAUUGACGACGAAGUAGCGGCCGCGUCCAUCCGUGCAAUUGGACGAUGCGCUGGCGUUAUACCGGAAUCGGUUCAACAAUCCCUCACAGCCCUAAUCGGCAUGAUAAAUAGCCAACAUGACACGAUCAUCAAUGCCGCUGUCGUGGUUCUCAAGAAUAUGGUGCAGGCUCAGCUCUCUUCGAGGCGAUCCACCAUCCUUGGUCUAUCCCAGUCUCCGCUCGCUAUAAUAUCCCAGCUUGCCCAAAAAAUCGAUAGCAUCCGGAAUCCCCAAGCCAGAGCCUGCGUCGUAUGGCUUGUAGGUCAAUAUGCUGCCUCAGAAGAAGGAACCCUCUCUCGCCUAGAAAGCGUAACAGACUGGGCGCCAGAUGUUCUACGGAAGAUGGCCAAGACAUUUUCGCAAGAGGAAUCCGUCGUCAAGCUCCAGGUUGUCACCCUCGCCGCGAAAUUGUUCGUCCUUUGUCCAGUUGACCGCACCUUGGGCCUUCUCAACCAGUACAUCUUCCUACUCGCUCGUUAUGACACAAAUUACGAUGUUCGUGAUCGAGCAAGAAUAUUAUCCUCGUUACUCUCAGGGAUAGAUUCUAGCAUUCCCGUGACCAACGCCGAUGCUCCAUCAGAGCGUGAAGGAGUCGUCCUUCGCCGCGAACAAGUCAAGAUGGUACUAUUCGAGGGAAAGGCUGGUGUAAUUGACGUCGAUCCAGUUGUUCCAGAUCCGCAUGUUAUGCUUGGAUCGUCUAGUGCUGUGACUGGGAAACCCACCCUCUGCGAACCUAUACUCCCUGAUUGGUUAGAGAAGGGUGUAGAGUCGUCUUUGAGAGAUACUGAAGAGGACAUCGCUCCGCCGCCUGUUGUUCCCACUGCCCUGUCUUCGGCUGAACAACAAAAGAUGCGAGAACGAGUGUCCUUGACACCAACAUCGCGGCCGGAUGCUGGUACACAGGGUACGAGCUCAAAGGUCCUUCUUACCGACCUGGACAGGUUUUACGAAGAGGAGGAGGAAAGUGAAGAAGACGAAUCCGAGAGCGAUGAAGAGAGUGGUGAUGCCCAGGAUGACGAACCUGCGGACGAUUCAACUGAUGAAGGAAGCGCUGAUGAAUCCACUAGUGAAGAUGAAGGCCGAGAUAGGAUACACAGACCUUCUAUCUCAUAAUAUACACUAAUCAAUGCUUGAACGGCCGUAGCGCUUCAUUCCGACUGAUG